AUGGCCUCCUCCAGCACCUCUCAUCUCAAUGCCGCGCUCGCCGGCGCCAUCUCCGCCCGCAAGAAGAUGUUGGUCCCCACCCCCGACCUCCUCGCCCCCGCACCCACCGCCGCCGCCGACUUCUUCUCCAGCGACUACCUCUCCGUCGUCACCAACCCCAAGCCGCGCGCCAUGUUCCUCGAGCGCAUCUCGAAGGAGCCCAUCGUCCUCGGCUCCGCCGGCUCCCGCGUCCUUUUUGGCAACAACUCCUCGCACGUUGCCCUCGAAGAGCGCCUUCGCGCCUUUUUCGGCGCCGAGACCGCGCUCCUAUUCAACUCCGGAUACGACGCCAACCUCUCCUUCUUCCACUCCGUUCCGCAAGACGGCGACGCGAUCGUCUUUGACCAGCUCGCGCACGCGUCCAUCCGCGACGGCAUGAACAUGUCCCGCUGCCGCAACGCCCAGUACCCGUUCAAACACAACUCCGUCGCAUCUUUCCGCGAGGUCCUUCAGCGCACGCUCGUUAGCCACCCGAGGAUUGCCGAGGGCCGGGGCACGAUGUUCAUCGCCGUCGAGACGCUCUACAGUAUGGACGGCGACUUCUGUCCUCUGCGGCAGAUCGUCGAGACCGUUGAGGAGCUCGUCCCAAAGGGGUGUGCGCACAUCAUGGUCGACGAGGCGCACUCCUCCGGGUUGUACGGCGACAGGCGGCGCGGGCUCGUGAUCGAGCUUGGCCUGCAGGACCGGGUGCACAGCGUGCUGCACGCAUUCAGCAAGGCGUGGGGUAUGGCCGGCGCUGUCAUCCUCACCUCCGCUGUUGUGCGGCAAUAUCUGAUCGGCUACUCCCGGCCCUUCAUCUAUUCGACCUCGCUCCCGUUCGCACAAACCGCCGGCAUCAACACGUGCAUAGACUUCCUCAGCGGCCCGGACGGAGACGAGCUCGUCAACCACCUCCGCAAGCUGUGCACGUACUUCGAGCACGCACUCACGGUGGCCUUCCGCGACGUCCCGUCCGACCUCCUCUCCCUCCGCCACCGCUCCAUCCCGUCCGACUACCCGGAGAGCGUGUUCAGCCCGCUCUUCCCCAUCCUCACGCGCGCGCCCAAGCCUCUCGGGGACUUCCUCACCAACCUCGGGUACGCGCUCACCCCGAUCAUGUUCCCCGCCGUCCCCAAGGGCGAGGAGCGCCUCCGCGUCAUCCUCCACGCGGGCAACACCGAGGCGGACGUCGACCAGUUCAUCGCGCGCCUGCUCGCGUGGGCCGCGCUCUUCCAGGCGCAAGAGCGGGAGCAGCUCCAGCUGAAGAAGGCGUCGCGCGCGCAGGGCGCGAUCCAGGCGCGCCUCUGA